UUGGUGGUUUUUUUUUUGUGGUUUCACAUAACAAAUGUGUGACAAUCCCUAUUUAUAAGCGACGUGAGACAUUUAGGCGCUGAGGACUGAGUGUGCCUGGAUUUCUGAUCUCCUGUCCUCCCUUCACGCCUUUUGUCUGACUCCUCACCUGCUUUCCUGAAAGUCUGCCGGCUGGGAGAAUCUCUCUGACACUCUCCCAGGCUGGCCACCAGCUCCACAGAAGCUCGUUUCUGAGAACCAGCCCCAAGCAUGCCGUGGCAUUGCACAACCCGCCUCUGAAGCCCAAGAUAUCAGCCACGGAGCGCCGAGGGCCGCUUCACAGUGACAUGAAAGGAGCGAGCGUCAUGGACGGGAUGCCCAAGGCUCCGCUGGCCCGGGCGCUCUAUGACAACCACCCCGACUGCUCCGAUGAGCUGGCCUUCUGCCGAGGGGACAUCCUGACCAUUCUGGAUCGGAACGUGCCGGAAAGCGAGGGCUGGUGGAGGUGUUCGCUCCACGGGAGGCAAGGCCUGGCCCCGGCCAACCGCCUGCAAGUCCUCAAGGAGGCCCCCGCAGACAGGCCCUGGCCCCCUUCCCUGACGGGCCUGGAGGAGGGUCUCGCCAACCCCAAGGAGACCUGCCGGGUGCCCACCCUGCUCAGCCCCCCGCCUCCAAGCCCCAUAUAUGAGUACAUGAAGAGCUGCGUGGAGGGAACUUCGUCACCCAAGGUCCAAGUCUACGAACUGCCUGACCCACCCACCAGCGCCAGGAUUGUCUGUGAGACGAUGCUAAGCUUUUCGAAACAGGCCAUCUUCUCGAUUCCCAGACCCACUCAGGACUCGUCGCCUGCCCUGUAUGAUGUGCCUGUCCAGAACCGCCGCCCCCCAGCCCUGAAGGAGUCAGAGAAGCAGCAGUUAUAUGACAUACCCGCCAGCCCCCGGAGGGCAGGAUGCGGCCCCCCGGCCAGCUCGUCCAGUAGGCAGAGUGUCCCCGUGACAUCAACAGUCACCCUAAGGAGAGCCUGCUAUAAGACACUACCAAACCCGCAGAAAUCGGAAUGGAUUUAUGACACCCCGGCGUCUCCCAAAAAAGCCGAAGUAAGAAAUGCAUCUCUAACAGGCUCUGUGGACGAGGCGGGGCCCCAGACUCUCCCCAGGCAGAUGACCACUUUCCACUGUCCUCUGAAGAGCAGAGCAAGGUCCCUCACGCCACACCUGAGUGAAACUGUGCCCACGCAGAAGAAGCUCAGCCUUCCAGAAAUCCCUGCUCACUGCCUUCUAGCGCCCGGGGACCCCACCCCCUCGGAGGAGGGAGUUGGGUACAGGGUACCCUCGAGCUUUCUGAUUCCCCGAGUGGAACAGCAGAACACCAAGCCCAACAUUUAUGACGUCCCUAAAGCUAGGCCAAGUGCCCCUCCGGCUGCAAAGGAGCUGGAGAAAGGCGACAGGGCUCCCGAGAAUGCGGGGGACUGUGGCCACUCCUGGGCCCCCCGACAGACCACGUGGCUCUGUCCUGAGCUGGACAGGUUGUCUGUGAACAGCGCGGACAGCAGGGUCAGCAUCGUCUCUUCAUGCUCCUCCACAUCCACGGACUCUUCAUCCGGCUCCUUCUCCGAGGAGUCGGUGAAAGAGACGUCCCUGGACUUGGACUUGGCCAAAGGGAUGGUGACGGCUCUCCAGCACAAGGUGGCCAGCUCCGUCACAGGCCUGCUGCUCUUUGUGAGCAGGACAUGGAGGUUCAGAGACUAUCUGGAGGCCAACAUCAAUGCCAUCCGUAGGGCCACCAACCACGUCGAAGAAUCUUUGAGAGAAUUUCUGGACUUUGCCCAGGGUGUCUGUGGGGCCACCUGUCACCUCACUGACAGUCACCUUCAGGCCAAAAUCAGGAAUCAGCUGCAGACCAUUUGUAGCUCCUACCAGGCCCUGCUAGAAACCAAGGAGGGCCUGGAUGGCUGCAACUGGUCCCUGGAGGUCCUCGUGACGGAGAAAGCCCAAAACAGCCCGGAUGACCUUGAGAGGUUUGUCAUGGUGGCACGGAUGGUUCCAGAAGACAUCAAGAGGUUUGUCUCCAUGGUCAUUGCCAACGGAAGGCUCCUUUUCAAGCAGAACAGUGAAAAAGAAGACUCGGUGCAGUUGACCCUCAGCGCGGGACCCAAGCUUGCGACGGACCUCCAGCUCCCCCCGAGGGAAGUGGAGUCAUAUCAAAGGAGCGCUCCUGUCAGCAAGCAAAGGGAAAGUGGCCUCUCCCCCAAACUGCUGCAGAAAAACUGGACCAACACCCGUGAAAAGAAGUUGCCUAAUCUAGAAGAGGAAGUAAAACCCAUCUUGCAACAAAGGUCAGAUGAAAACAGAGGCUUAGAGACACAGAAUACAAGUCAGCCCGUGCCCCGGCCCCUGGGUCAGCUGCACCCCGAGAAGAAGGUCCACCUUUCGGAGCACUGCCGCUUCUAUUUCGGGGCGCUCUUCAAAGCCAUCAGCGUCUUCCACAGCAGCCUCAGCCUCAGCCAGUCCCCAGAGAUCUUCAUCUCGCAGAGCAAACUGGUCAUCAUGAUCGGGCAGAAGCUGGUGGACACACUGUGCAGAGAGACCCAGGACAGGGACGUGCGCAACGAGAUCCUCUGUGGCAGCAGCCACCUCUGCAGCCUGCUCAAGAACGUGGCCCUGGCCACCAAGCACGCCGUGCUCAAGUUCCCCAGCCCUGAGGCCCUGGGGCACCUCCGGGCCGAGGCUGAGAAGCUGGAGCAACACACACGGCAGUUCAGAGGGAUGCUGGAAUGAGCCUUCCUCCCUCCCUCCCUCACCAUCUGUCUUAUGGGAAAGGCCAGCCUGGGGAUGCAGCGAAGGGCGGAAACAGCCACCUGCCCAGAGCCCCUGUCCCCAAGUGCCCAGGGGACCCCCGGACACUGACUUACCCACAGAGAGUUGGGGAAGGGUGACUGGCGUUACAUAAGGACCCUGCUAAGUAGGUGUCACGUGAGGUCAGUGUAGAGAGUGACAUUGUGGAAACCAAUUGUUGUAUUGGUUCAAUCAAUACUGGUUUAUUUAUUGGGCACCUACUGCAGUCAAAUUCUUGGUGCUGCGCAUGUAGCCGUGAAUGAAACAGAAACCUUCCCCUCGGGGAGCUUCCACUGUGCAGGGAGACAGACGGUCGGUGACAGAGAAAUGUAUGUACAGUCUAUCAGCUGCCAGGGAGGAAAAGUGAGGAGGGAGGAGACGUGCUUUCCAAUGAGUAACUUCUCUUGUAUCUGUCCAAUAAGGUGAUGGGUAGUUCAUGUUUGGCUGAAUUCAUUCUGUGAGACUGGUACCGAUGAUGUCUUACACCAAAUGUAUAUUUAUAUUUUCUAUUUUGUCUCCACCAUGGUAAAGAUGCAUAUUGUAUUUACAACGUAGCCUGUUCUGUUGGGUUCCCUAUUAAUUUAUUUUUGUACAUUAUAGAGUCUGUGUUGAUAAAUUCAGGAUGCUCAAUCAGCAAAGGCUUAUACUUCGAUGUUUAUAAUACUAUGUAAAUAUAAUCAUGAAACAUCCUUGAAAAAGCUGUUCAUCCAUGUUGCCUGGGUUCU